AUGUAGUAAAUUUAAAAAAAAGAAUCUAGUGAAUAUUUAAAAUUCAGUUAUAGCAAAGGUAAAUAUACCUUACAAGAGAUAAUUAUUGCUAAAGAUAUUGAUUUUUAUUCCAUAGCUAAUACCUAGCUUUUAUAAGACUUAAAUAAUAAUAAAAUAGAUAUCUCAUAAAAAGAUAUUUUUGAGUUAGAUUAAAAGGAUGGUAUUAAAAGUUUUAUAAAGCUUACAAAUUAGGUGUUAUAUGCCUUAAAUCAGAUAUUGGCGGAAAAAGAGAAUUUACUUCGUAAAUAAAAGAUAAAAGAUAACUAUGUAGUUGUAGAUUAAAGUCUGAACGACAGCGAUUCUGAUAUUAACAUUGAUUAACUAUCUUCGUCAAGUAAUCUUCUUGGAAAUUUAAAUAAUUACCCUGAAUAACUAAACUAAACAAGCAAUCAAAAAGUUAUUUGCAAUAUUUACCCUAAAUAGAUUACUUAAAAUAAUAAUUUAAACAGUAACUGUUUACAAUUCUUCAAGGAGAGUAAUUUAAAAGAACAUUUUUAAAGUCCUUCUUAAUAGCUUAUGUAAUUGAAUGAUUUAAAUAAAGAGACUUUUUAGCUCAAUUAAUCAAGAAAUCUAACAUUUGAUUUAAAUAAUAGCUCUUAAUAGCUAAAUUAAUCCUAUAAUUUAGACAAUAGUUUUUAAUAACUCUCUUAACCAUGCAAUAUUGAAUGUGGUUUAAAUAAUUAAGCUUAAUAGAUCCCCUAACUAAGUAACCUAAAUAAUAAUUAAUGUAAUUUCCCUUAAUAGACAACUACUUAAUAUAUUGGUUUCGACAAUGACUCCUUAAAACCUUCAACACAAAUUAAUUCACAAAAACAUUUUUUAGAUCAUCCAUAAUAACUUGUUUAAUCAAAUAAUUUAAAUAAAGAAUCUUUUUAGCUCAAUUAAUAAAAGGACUUAACAUUUGAUUUAAAUAAUAACUCUUAAUAGCUAACUUAAACCAAUAAUUCCUAGAAUAAUUUAAAAUAACUCCCUUAACCAUGUAAUAUUGAAUGUGGUUUAAAUAAUUAACCUUAAUAGCUCCCAUAACUAAGUAAUCUAAAUAAUAAUUAAUGUAAUUUGCCUAAAUGGGUUACUUGUAAAAGUAGUUUCGACAAAGAUUCCUUAAAACCCUCACCACAAAUUAACUCACAAAAGCAUUUUUAAGAUUAUCCCUAAUAACUUGUUUAAUCAAGUAAUUUAAAUAAAGAAUUAUUUUAGCUCAACUAAUAAAGCAAUGUAGCAUUUGACUUAAAUAAUAAAUCUCUAUUGCUAACCUAAUCCAAUAAUUUCAACAAUAGUCUUUUAUAAUUCACUACCACUAAACCAUACAAUAUUGAAAGCGAUAUAAAAAGUUAACCUUAAUAGCUCCCCGAACUAAGUAAUCUAAAUAGAACUAACUAUUUUUAUCCUUAAUAGACUACUUAAUAUAAUAAUCUCCAUGAUAACUCCUUAAAGUUAUUAUAACAAAAUAGCUAAUAAUAGCUUACUUAAUCAAAUAACUUAAAUAAAGAGUCUUUUCAGCCUUACUAAUCAACAGAUUUAACAUUUGAUUUUAAUAGCAACAUUUCAUAGUUUCCUUAAUCUAAUUAUUUCAACAAUAGCCAUUUAUAAUUAUCUUAAACAAGUAACCUUCCAGGUAAUUUAAGUAACUAACCUUAAUACCUCCCAUAACCAAUUAAUCUAGACAGAAAUUAAUUUAAUUACCUUUAAUAGACUACUUAAUAUAAUAAUUUCUACAAAUAAUCCUUAAAUCUUUAAUAAGAAAGUAAUUUAAUAAAUAAUUUUUAAAAUGAUCCUUAAUAAUCUUCUUAAUUUACCAAUUUCAAUUGUCACUCUAAAUAGCUCUCCUAAUAAACCUAAUUGAGUAACCUUGAAAAUGUUACAUAAAUUGAAAAUUUUUAAAAUAAAAAUCUAUACAAAGAUUUUAGUAAUGACUCUUAAUAGACUAAUUAAUAAAAUAUAAUCAAAAGCGAGCUUUAGUAACCCACUUAAUCUAUUAAUAAAGAAGUAAAAUAAAUAAAAGAAGAGAGAAAAAAAGAAAUAUCAUUUUAAGAAGAAUUAAAUAAAUAUAUUUGCAUUGGAGAGAUGAGUAAUUAAAAAAACAAAAAUUUAGAGCUUUUAAUAACACUAAAAGAGUCUUAUGAAGAUUUAAUUUUAAAAAAUUUUUAAGAAGAGGAUUAUUAAGUGAUAAUUAAAAAUCCAUUUAAAAUAAAAUUCAAUUAACUUAAAAAUAUUUACUUGGAUACCCUAACAGCUGAUAUUUAAAUAGUACAAUAUUGUAAUGAUAGUUAUAGUGUUGAUUAUUCAGAUAUAGAAAGCUUUAAAUAAUUAAUAGAUUAGCAAACAACAAUUUAAAUUUUUGAGCUUUUUAUUAUUUUAAAAUAAAUAUAAUUAGACGAUUGUAAAUGUGAAUGUUUUCAUCAUCAUCUAGACCAAUAUCGCUUUCCUUCUUUGUAUGAAAUAAAUUUGAAUGAAUAUUUCUCUUCUAAAGUAAAAAAUAUUGAAGUAGAAAUUGAAGAUUAUUUAUAUUCAAAAACAUCAUUGAAACUAGACUAUGAAAAAUAUGAUUUUAAGAUAUAUUUAGGAAGUGAAAGUAGUGAAGAAAUAUAAAAAUUAAUUCUAAUAAAUAAGGAUAUGGAUGAAAUUGAUUUAGAAGUUAAUGGAAUAUAAAUACCUAAUAUUUUAAAUAAAAAAUAACUAUUUGUCAAUAAAAAAUAUUAAAUUAUAGUAGAAUAGCAAGAUUAAUGCUUAUUAAGGAUAGCUAUAUUCUAUAAAUUUUAAAUAUAAGAUUUGUUAAGUCUAAAUUUACAAAAAAUUAUUGUAGAUUUAUUUUAUGAUUGA